UGUUGACACGGAAAGUUACAGCCGGUCGUGAAAGUGUUUCGCGAUGUAAAAUUACUCAUAAUUAAUUCCCGGGAAUAAGUAGUGAUCGUUUAAAAACUAGAAUUAAAAGUUAGAUACCGGUUCACGUAUUUAAGAUUAUUGUGCAAGUAUUAUUAUAUAUGAAAAUAUAAAAAAAUUUGUGGGAAUAAGCGUCUGUCAUGAAUAUAAGCAAUCUUGACAAAGUCGAGAGUUAAGUCUUAUCAUAUUUACCCAGAAUUUGAUAAAACAGUAUUUUUGCGGUUGUGUUUGUAUAUGUGAGAGAAAAGUUGUGUUGUUAAAAAAAAGAAGAUAGAAAACGCUGAAAAUACGUGUUACGAAGGAAAAUGGUCUCGUGCACAUGGUGACACUUCUGAUAAUUGAAAACAUGAUAAAUAUAAAAAAUAUAUGAAUGACAAUGGGCUGAAAUACAUCAUAUUUUAAAAUUCAUCAUUUUUAUAUACAAGAGGUGCAGGGGAAAUAAGUCAUGGCAACGGUGGAAGAAAAGAAACGAGUUGGUGGCUCAAAGGUUUCAGCCAUUGCAAAUAUCUUCCAAUCAAAACCACAAUUGGAUAAUCUAAGCCAUAGGACAAAUAAUAUUCUGUCAGAUGGUUUCAAGGAACCAGCUGUGCCUUUAAAAGAAUCUCCAACACAAGUUACAGUUGUUAGAACUGAGAGUCAUGUAGCUCGUUUUAAUAAUGCACGUGCACUUUUUGAAAAACUUGGAGAGGAAAAUAAACCAAAUAAACCGGUGGACAGGAUUACAAAACCUAGUAAUUUACAUGGUUUGAGAUCACGCUCUAGUUCUGCAAAUUCCGGAUCAGGUUGUACAUCUCCAGCUCGAUCACCACGUCCCAGGUCACCAUCACCUCCAGGAACCAGAGAUCACUUGAGCAAUUGGAGUGCAAGUGUACCAGCUUUAAAUGCUGAAAGGCAUUUCGAAAAUGGUCAUAAUCACGGUUUGGAUAAUGUACCAGAUAAACAUAAAUCACGGGUAGCAUUUGGGAAAUUUGACAAAAAUUACGGUAAAGAAAAUCGUUUAGAUGAUCGGCCAGAGAAACCAGAAAAACCUGAGAGAAGAUUAAAUUCAAAAGAAUUAAUUGAAAAACAAAAAAAUUGGACUAGUCAUUUUUCAAAAACAAGACCAAGUAGAUAUAAUUCAGAUCCAAAUAGAUCUUUGGUUCAAAGUUCUUUAAAUCAGAGCGCAAGUAAAGUGAAUGUUGAAGCUGCUUCUGUAGGACAUGUGCAAAAUGCUACAAAUACUGAUAAUGAAACAAAAAGAUCAACAGAUAUUUCUGCUAAUCCAGCUACAAGAUCUGCAAGUUUUUGUUCUGCUAGAUCAUCAGCUAUAUCUCCUCCUCCACCAUUACCACCAACAAGAAAUUCUUCUACUUCAAAUGCAAAGAAAGAGAGACCAGCUAGUAUUGCGGCAGUAUCUCCACCAGAUAUUCCUAGCAGUCCAGAAUAUGCUACUAUAAAUAAAUAUUUUGAUACUUCACCAACUAUACCUGAAUAUGCAGUUGUACAAAAAAACACAAAUGUGCAAAAUAAACAUUUCCAAAGAAACCAAGAACAACGAGAAAUUUCAAAAAAUGUAAUCACUCCUUCAGUAGAAAAAUCACAAGAUGCGUUCAUCCCAGAAUAUGCUGUAGUGCAGAAAAAUACUGCAGCUAAAAUGCAUUCACGUAAUACAGAUCUAUCGAAAAAUACUUCAAUGCAUCAUUCAAAAAAUAUUAAUAGUUCCGAAAGUUGUGGUUUGCUUCUUAAAAAUACUCUUACAAGUUCAAGUAUUGAUAUCUAUUCACAAACAAAAUCGAAUAUUUCCUCCUAUGAUAAAAAUUCUGAUAUGUCUAGUCCAACACGAAGUAUGUCAAUAGAAAAUAUUAGUGUAUCAAUGGAAAGUAAAAUUAGAAAAGAUAAUGACUUACUUGAUGCUCCUGAAUAUUUAAAUUAUCCUUCAAAUGUUAUACGUUCGCCACCUAAAACUUCUGAAUGGAGAAAUGAAUGGUUAGCUAAAAACGAUGAAAUUUUAAAAAAAGCAACAGAUUUAAAAUCUACCAAGGAAGACGCAGAAACUAAAAAUGAAGUUAUAAGACCUGAUCCACGACCAGACUGGGCCAGACCAUGUAUAAAUACUAUGAGGAAGAAAGAUAGUUUAACAGAAGAAAAGAAAAUUGAGACAUCAAAAUCUCCAGAUCCAGAAUUGAGACCACCUUCUGGAGGUACGGAUAGUGCAUCUUCUAGUAUGAGCUCCCCUAGCUCCCCUUCCAAGGAUAGUAAAGAAGAAAAGGCAGAUAAGGAAAUGUCAGAAAAAUUUCAAGCUGGUAUAUUAUCGCAUAAUAAAUCUGAAUUUUGCUGUUUUACUGUGGCUAUGUGCCAAAUACUAAAAAGUUACAGUAUAGGAGGAAACUCUUUUCCUUUUCCUUUCCCUCCUCUUCUUCAUCUUAGUUCCUCCUACUGGUUCAACAGCCGUAACAGUUAUGAUCUGCAACAUGAAGAACAAGAAAAACCUGCAGCAUAUACGGAAGAUAAGAAUAGUUUAGAAAAAAGUUCAAAAUUUAAUGAACCAGAUACUACUACGGUCAUUCGACGAUCUCAUGUGCGCGUUGAUCUUCAAGCUGCUGGUUUGGGACAACGGCCGCCAUCCGUUGUUAGCUCAGAUCAAGAAUAUCCAUCUCUAGAACAUAAAGAUAUACCAAUACCUUCGCCAUAUGUAAAGAAAAUGCAACAAAAUCAAGAGAUUUCUAUCCAAAACAAUGAAGUUAAGCCACAAGUAAAAACAAACAUAGAAGAAAAUACUUUAAUAAAAACUGAUUCAACAAAAAUUUGCCAUAACAAAAUAUCUCAAGAUAAUAAUCAAGAACAUGUACGAAUAAAUUCAGUAAUUACAGGAGGAAAUCAAAAUAUAGUUUUAGAUAAUAAGUCAAAAUCAAAUAUUACCAAUGAAAGGCAUACAUUUCCUGAAACAGUAUGUCAGAAAAUAGUAUCUAAUGCCAAAAAUGAUCAAAUUAAAAUUUCUGUACGAGAAAAAUUAGCAAAAAAUAAAGAAGAAGUAUCUGGAAAACGUUCAAGUUUUGUCGAAGUGGAUAAUAAAGUAGAUCAAGUAGAGAAAACCAUUUUAAACACAAAUCAAUGCUCAAUGGUUCCAAGUAUACACACUAUGGAUAAUUCGUCAGACAAAUUGAUUAACAAAGAAAUAGAACCAAGUGAUACUGCACAGUCAGAAAAUACGUCCAAACUUAUGUCAAAAACAAAUAAUAAAAAGGAAUUUAUAACAUUAGCAGGAGAUGCAGUAUCAUCAUCUAAAUCCAGUUCUCAAACAAUAAGUAAUAUUCUAAAUAAAAGCAUAGAGGAAUUAAAUCAACCACAAACAACGUGGGAACAAGAAAAACAAAAAGCUGAACUAGCAAAGUUGAGGUUGCAGGAAAAUACUUCUACAACUACAAUUCAACAAAUUAAUGUACCUCAAAAUAUAUCACCUGCUAUUGUAACCCAACAACAUAUAGAAAAGAAACAACUAAAUGAACAUAUUGUAUCUGAAAGUAUUCACGAUGAUAGUGAUUCCAGUGAUACUAAAACUAUUACAAAUCUAGAGCAUGCACCAACAAUGGAGAUGAAAAAUGCCAUGGAACAGAAUGAUUCUAAGACUGUUGCAGAAAAUAUUUCUAAAGCUAUUACAAAUCAAAUUUCUGUAACACCAGAUACUAUGACAGCUGAUGAAGCAGAAAACCUAUUAAGUUCUCGACAAGGAUCAGCUUUAUUGUCGGAUGAAGAAGCUCAAGAAAUAGCAAGAUUAUUAUCACCAAUUACACAUGCUGAAGUUGUAAGUGAAGAAAAUUCUAUUGAUAAAAAUAGAGAAAUGGACAAAGAGAGGGAAAGGGAUGAUCAAGAUAAUACACCAGAUUGGCUUUCUGAUGUCUUGUCUGCUCCUGAUACCAGUCUUAUUAAUAGCACCACUAAUGAUUAUAGUUUGUCCCAUAGAUCACGUAGCGAUUUAACAAUAGAUUCAUUGACGGAAAGUCAAGUGGGUUCUGUAACAGGUAGUGAAAGUGGUUUACUUGGAUCCGUUAAUAGCUUGAAUGAUACUUAUGAAAUUAACGAUGAUACAGAAACAGAACAUCAAGAUGAAUAUGUUCCACCGACGCCCGGCAAAGUUGUACUUGUGGAAAAUGGUGUACAUUAUUUUGAGGAUGGUCAUUUUUGGAUGGAAGUUGCAGGAAUACCAGAAUCGGAUGACGAGAAAGAUGAUUAUCCAACAAAUGUACCCGUUAAAAGAAUGUCUAAAGUUUCAUUUGAUACAAGGCCAAUGAGAGUUUAUUCAACACAUUCAGUAAAUGAAUAUGAUCGACGAAAUGAAGAUGUGGAUCCUGUUGCCGCCAGUGCAGAAUAUGAACUUGAGAAACGAGUUGAAAAAAUGGAGGUAUUUCCAGUGGAACUUAUGAAAGGUCCAGAAGGUCUUGGUUUAAGCAUUAUUGGAAUGGGUGUCGGGGCGGAUGCAGGACUAGAAAAAUUAGGUAUAUUUGUCAAAACAAUCACAGAAAAAGGCGCAGCUGCACGAGAAGGCAGGAUACAAGUAAACGAUCAAAUCGUUGAAGUAGACGGAAAAUCUCUAGUUGGUGUGACACAAGCAUAUGCAGCUAGUGUUCUUCGUAAUACUUCAGGUCUCGUGCGUUUUGUAAUUGGCCGAGAACGUGAUCCGAAUUCGGAAGUAGCUAUGUUAAUUCGACAAAGCCUUCAAGCAGAUAAAGAAAGAGAACAACAAGCUAACUCUGCUAGAAAACUUAAUUUUUCGGAUGCUUCACCUGAUAGUCAACGAGGCGGUGAAGAUAUUUCUGUCGGAGGAAUGGGAGGAAUACCAGGUUCUCCAGCUAUGUCAUCAUGUUCAGAAGGAGAACCUCCUCAAAGUCCUAUAGAAAAUUAUUUAUCUACUUCCGGUCGAAGUAGAUCUCCUAUCAUUAGUUCAUCAAUGCCACCGCAUACAUCUGCUACAACACAAAACGAUGUUGAUAGUUUAAGACUGCUUUUACAAGAGCUUGUAGACUUAGAAAACAGUGGAGCUGGUAGCGAAGAAUAUGCAGCAAAAUUGCGUGAAUCCGGUUUACGGCUACAUGAAUCUGAAAGAGCUUUGGGUACUGCUAGACAGGAUCUAGUAGCGGCACGGGAAAUGCUUUCUCAAGCAACAGCACAAAAUGCUGCUUUACAACAAAAAUAUGCUCGAGCCAGAAGAGCAGCUCGUGAAUUACGUACAGAUAUUGCUGCUAGAGACGAAUUUUAUCAACAAUUACUACAAGAGAAAGAUACGGAAUAUAAUGCUCUCGUUAAAAGUUUGAAAGAUAGGGUAAUUACAUUGGAGGUAGAAUUAACAGAAACACAAAGGAGGUUCGGGUUACCAGUAAGAUUGCCUUAUGAUGGAACUACAGCUAGAAUUGUUACGCCACAAUUAUCACGUCGUCAAUUACCCCCACCACCCUCGUCAACUAGUUGUCAGCUUUCUGAUACUGAAACAUCAGACCUGAGUAGUCCUGAUGAUGGUGAUAAAACAGCGACGGUCGAAAGAAAGUUACCGCUUCCAUUGCCAGUCAAAGAAGAAUUAGAUCGAGCAGUACCUGCUCAUCGGCUUCUUGAUAAUUCUGCUGGAAAAAGUAAAGCUGAACUUGCCAGUAGAGGGGGUCUUGCAAAUCGACAACUUCCUAAACGUUCUGGUGGCCUUAGCAACAGCAGUUCUGAUUAUGGUUUAGAUGAAUCAGGUGACAAUACUGAUGAAGAUUCAUCUUCUAAAUUACUUUCUCAAGACACAAGCAGCAGAUCGCCAAAUGAUUUAACAUCAAAACAAUCAAAUUUGAGUUCCUAUUCCAGCAGUUCUUCAAUUAGUUCAUUGAAAAGCAAACAUAUGGAACCUACACAUCCGACAACAAUUCGACAACAUAGUACUAUUAGUUCACAAGUUAGAGCUAUGACGGAACAAAGUUGGCCACAAUCUCAAAAAAAUCUAACUGGACCACCAGCAUCAUUUGCAGAACAGUUAAAACAAGUUUUAGCGGAAAGAGAAAGACGACUUGGUGGAAAUGAUAUGUCUUCGUCAAGAGAAAGUUCUGGGGAUUUUAGUGACUUAAAUAAUCUACAUUCUAGCGAUCCAACUUUAGUCACUCAUCAUUUAGUGGAAGAAAUACGACAAGCUGUAAAUGAAGCUAAUCAAAGAGUAAAAAAGGCCACUAUUCCUUCAUCAAAUUUAGUUGGUUCCACACCUUGGCAUCAUCCAGGUAGUUCACCUUCUAGUCUAUCUUCUGGUGGAUCAGUGAGCCCACCUGCUGUUGAUCCUAGUCCGUCUAAAACAGAUACGAGUGAAGUUUGGUUGCCUCCUCAUCCAAGCGACUUUGGUUUAGGUGACAAGAAGUCCCAUUUCUGGCAGAAUGCACCAGUUACUGAUUGGUCCAAAGAACAAGUUUGUCAGUGGUUAUCAGGCAUUGGUUUGGAACGAUAUGCAUCACGCUUUUUGGACACUGGAAUUAAUGGUGGGAAUCUUUUACGACUUGAGUCUCGUGACCUGAAAGCUUUUGGUAUUUGUGGAGAUGAGAAAUCCCACUUGAAACGUAAAUUAAAAGAACUUAGAGCACAGGCAGAUCGAGAACGCAAAGAGAGGAAGGAAAUAGAACGAAUGCGGCGAAAAGCGGAAAAAGCUGCACGAAAAAAAUAGUUUGUGCGUACAUUAAUGUACUUAUGUCCUCUAUAAAAUGCAAUAACUUUGCACAAAAAAUUCGCGACAUAUUCAAAUUUUGUGUACGAUAUUCCAGUGAUGUUUGUAAUUUUUAACUUCUUCCGUCUGUAUUUAAUUCUCUGGUACAUAUAAACAGUUAUACACAUAGUAUACUACAUUUAUUCUUAAAUGUUCUUAAUCGGAUAUCUCACUAUCCGACAUUUUUAAAUUUGAUUAUUUAUACUUAUAAAUUUUUUAACUUCAAAUUUUUGCAUUUAUUUAUGAUUUUUCUAUUCUUGUUGCUUCACAUUUAUAUUGUUCUUGUAGUAUUUGUGCUAGUUACUAUUUAUACAAUAAUAAUGAAUAUAAUUCAAGGAAGAGAACGUGUAUGAAUGUAAAAGCAUGUCUAUGCCAGAUGUAUGCAUGUGAUAUGUAUGUAAAAUUCAAGCCAUUUAGGUAUUAAGCCAAAUUGUAAUAAAACUUUGAUUAGCUAAUAUUUUAUUUUUACAAUUGUAAGUAUACUUUUGUAGAAAAGCAUAAGUUUCAAGUUAUUAAUGUAUCGUUUCUGUAUUUAUUUUUAUUAUCAACUAUGCAACAAUUUUUCAUAAUGAAUAAUAUAAAUACUGGUAAAAAAAUAGAGCCCUAGAGUGUACUAUUGUUAGAAGAAAAGUGAUUGUCCUUUAUUAUAUGUAUAUCAUGAAAUAUCAACGAAUUUGUAAUUAUCAAUACAGUAUAUAUUAAUGUGUUAAAUUCCAAUGAUCGAAUUAUAAAAUAAUUUCAUUUAUCUAUAUUUAUUAUGACUAAAGUAUCAGUUUACAUAAUUAGAAAAUUAUUGCUUUUUUAAAUCAAAGUCGAAAGUAUCAAACAAUUUUUAUCAUGCUAUCGUAUAGAUAUUUGUAUUAAAAUUUUUUUUCUUUAAAAGUUAUAACGACAUUUGUAUUAUUAUAUUUAAUCUGCGAAUUAUGCAUUAAAAAUCCGCACAACGUCUAUUUUAUUGCGAUAGAAAUUUUUAAAUUAUGUAAUGAAUUUGUUUAGCGUUUUAUAUACUUCGAACAUUCCAUAUAUACGAUACUUUAUAAUUUUAUCUUUAUUAUAUAACAUAUAUAAAUGAAAAGAAAUCAUAGAAAUACUUUAGGUGACGUCCCUGUAUGUAUGAAUAUUGUAUGGAUACAUUACGUAUUAAGUAAUAUAUGUUAAUACUUAAAUUUGUAUCCUAACGAAAGUUCAUUAUAAAUGUUUAUUCAAAUAAUUACGGGACUCAUUUGAGUACAGUAUAGACGAACGAACUUUAUUGUACGCAUACUUAUUUAUGAUAACAUUAAGUUUUAUACAGUGUUAAGUACUUUGUUCUACCUUUAUACCAUUCUCAAAGUACAAUGUUUUUCUCUCGAAAAAAAAUAAUUUCUUUUACAUAGAACAAUUAAACAAACAAAGUAUUUAACAUUGAUACAUAUAUUGUACAUAUGCAAUGAACGAUCACUAAUACUGUAAUCUACAAAAAAUGAUUAUGAUGUAAGGCGUGCAAGAGGCAUAACUGUAGUGUCAUAAUAUCUUUAUAGAAAAUAGUUUUUAAUUUCCUAACUUAAACGUUUAUCAAAGGUCCUCCAUUUUCUAAUGAUGUAUCACAAUAUUUCAAAAGCACUUAUUGUUACUUUCGUCGUUAUGUACAACGAACUGUGGGAACUCAUCAAAAAUAUCAACACAUUCUUGCGUCUCAGGGUAACCAUUAAUAUGUUUUGAGAUAUAAGUGUGUUCAAUGAAUUAAAAAUUUUCAUGAAUUAGAAAACGUCCUGCAAUUCGUUUUUAAAUAACUAUUGUGAUUUCGUAGGAGCAGAUCUUUUAUAAAAACUGACUGAUUUACAAUAAGUUUUUAUAGUUAAUUUUCGAACAAUGGCUUAGAUAUGAUGAUAUAAUGCCAUUUGUCAAAAAAUAAUUAUAGAACCAAAACUUGUACUCCUCCAUAAAACUACAUAAUAUCUGAGUGUUUUCAUACAUUUUCAAUGAUUUUAAAGUGUUGCUCACAAAGAGGAAAUUAUAGUUCCAUGGAUAAAGACACAGAGAAUACAUACAUGGCAGCUUUUUAAUAAUGUCUAUAAAAAGUAUUGUCAACAAAUACUCCUAAACAUUUUAAUUAAAAAUAAUUCAUAUUAUACAUUCGUAGUUUGUUCUUUUUACCUGAUAAAUAAAGUAUUGAAAAUAUAUUCAAUAUUUGUAAUAUAUAUCAUGUAUGUACUUAUUGUUAGAAUGAAAUUUUUUAUGUACUGUAAUGAAUCGUAAAUAUAGAAACAAUCUUACA